AUGGCAACUAACCAACAUCACCAGUCCUCCCACCGCCGUCGUCUCGCCCAAGACCACUCCACCCUCCGCACUACGCCGCCCGUGGACUACUUCUUCCCGCCAAACACGACCUCAGACGAUCUGACGAGCCUGCAAAUAUUCCUAGCAGGGCCCACGCAAACACCCUUCGAGUCUGGCCUCUUCCAAAUACACCUUCGUAUACCACCAACAUACCCCGCGGAGCCGCCAAAGGCUUCCUUCAAGACUAAGAUCUUCCAUCCAAACGUGGACGAGCGCAGUGGUGACGUGUGCGUCGACACGCUGAAACGCGAUUGGAAGCCCACGCUCACAUUGAGGGACGUGCUCAUUACCAUCCGCUGUCUGCUGGUGUACCCGAACCCGACCAGUUCACUUAAUGAAGCGGCCGGGAAACUGCUCUUGGAGGACUACGAAGGGUAUGCGCGACACGCGCGGCUCAUGACGGACGUGCACGCGGGUGUGCCGGAGGAAUUGAAGGGGCUGGUGGAGGAAUCGAGGAGGCGGGGUGAGGAUGAGGAUCAAGGUGUUGGGAAGAAGGAUCCGAGGGCCCCCGGUGAGCAGAAGAGGAAGAUCAAACAGGCUGUUAAACCAUCCGCCGCUGUUCGCAAGGAUAAAGGCAAAGAGAAGGAGAAGGAGAAAUGCUCCGACUCCGAGGGCGGCGACUCGGGGAAGGAGAACGCGGAGACUAGGCGCUCCGUCGCGAGACCUUCGCCAAAAUUCAAGCAGGGCCAGAGCGCUGGUUCCCGUCUGCCGCUCACCGCCGCUGCCGCCACUACUGCCACCAAGAAGGAACUCGUCACCAAGAAAGACCCGAGCAAGAAAUCAGCCGCAUCCGGAAAGUCAAGCAAGACCGGAGCAGCAGCUAGAAAAGUCGGCCUAAAGCGCUUCUAA